AAUUUCAGAUUUUAGAGCAUUUUGGAUUUUGGAUUUUCAAACUAGGAAUGCUCAAGCUAUACUAAUUUUAUCCACAGUGGCUAGAAAACUCUGGAAGCAAAUGUAUAGACAUCUCUGUAGUUUAGUAUCUGUGUGAAAACUGUGUGAUUCCAAAUUUCAUCUUUAAGGUUAAUGAUCAAAAUACUGACUUUUUUUUUUUUAACUAAAGAGGCUUUUAUGCUUUACUCACCCCAGUCUGAGUAUGUUUUGAUUGUGCACGGAUGUUCCUUAGAAUGGAGCCAAUUCCCAAACUGCUCACUGGACUGCUGCUAUUGAUUGUGUGUGUGGAGGGCUGUUCCAGCCAACACUGGUCCUAUGGGCUGCGCCCUGGAGGAAAGAGAAAUGCUGAAAAUUUGAUUGAUUCUUUCCAAGAGAGAACCAAAGAGCUUGAUCAGCUGAUAGAACCCCAGCGCUUUGAAUGCACCAUCCACCAGCCACACUCUGCCCUCAGAGGCCUGAAGGAAGCUCUGGAAAGUCUGAUUGAAGAGGAAUCUGGACAGAGGAAGAUUUAA